UUCUUUAAUAAACGUGCCAACUGUACAAAAAAAACAUACAUUUUGCAGCACAUUGUAUACUUCUGCAUGGUGUAAAAUCAACGUUUACGUUGUGAUCGACCAACUUCGAAUUAUAUGUUCUUGUCAAAAACUGACGCCUUUCUAAAACAACACGCGAGCCAUUCUGAAGAAUAAGUUAACUGGUGAUUAAUCUUCAGCCCCCCAAAAUUUCUCUUCCAAUUCAACCAAACAGGCCUCCAAUAUCCUGUAUAGAUAAACCUAUAUACAACUACAAAGCUUUUAUAAAAUCAGCCGCCCUAAUUUGCCCAAACAUAUUGAGAACCCUCGCAUGAAAUCUGAAUAUGUACCGAACUGACCUAUAGCGAUAGUUUUGACUGGCUUGAAAUACCAAAAGGGGAUAGUUCGACCUGAUUUUGAGACCAUUUCAGAAGCUCUCUUCUAUUCCCAAAAAACUGGCUCAGUUAUUUUCCUGAUAGUUUAUUUUCAAAUUGGGGCAUAAAUCAACAACCAAUUUUGCCUUCCAGUGUACUUGGGACUAUACUUUAUUUUCGGUCGUAAAUUCAGUUGUUUGCUUGGUUGGUUUUAUCUGUUCACGAUUUCAGGGCGAAAUGGGGGAUAAAGAUGUUAGAGUUCGAGUUUGUUUUCUGCUCAUAGGCGACGUGGACACUAAAUCGCAGAGCUUCAGUGCGGAAGUGUUGAUUGAGGCGAGGUGGGUGUCGACGCCAGAGGAGGAGCCAUUCGACCCCAAACUAGUCGUGACCAAUCUAGAAAGCACCGUCAAGGAAAAGACGUGGGAGAAUAAGAAUGUGAUGGAUUUGGGGGAGGGGAGGGGCAAGCGGGAGUACCACACCCUCAGCUGGAGACUGCGGGGCGUAUUCUACGAGAACAUGGAACUCAAGAGCUUCCCCAGAGAUAUCCAGGAUCUAGGGGUGCGAGUGUCGAGUGAGCUACACGCGAGUGAGAUCCAACUGAGUGUGGAUGAGUCACGGGUGGGGACUGUGGAUCCGGACACCUUCAGAGACGGCGAGGAGUGGAUUCUGUUCAAUCAUGUGGAGACUGAGCACGUGCCUGAAGAGUCCCAGUCGGAGGUGGGCAGGGCCAGGAGGGUGGAGAAAGGCUACACUGCAGGAAGUGUCAUCGCCAUGUGCAGAGUCGCCAGAAGAACCAAGUUCUUCAUAGUGAACAAUGUGAUGUUGAUGUUCAGUCUGGUGGUGUUGUCGUUGACCUGUUUCGCCUUUGACCCCGGAUGGAACACCUCCCGAAUCAGCGGCUCCAUGACUCUCCUCUUAGUAGCCGUUGCGUUCAAACUCAGUGUCGCCGGAAACCUCCCGGUGAUCUCAUACUUGACGUACCUGGACGCUUACAUCUUAGGAGCGAUGCUCUACCUCUGUCUCAUGACAGUUCUCUUCGCCCUUAUCUCCCCCUUCAAGGAGGAGGACUACGCGAGGACCAUAGAUAUAGGUUGCAUCAUCUUCCUAAUGCUCUUCAUCAUCAUCUUCCAUGUCAUAUAUGGAAUCGUGUUCUUCAAAAACACCAGCAAGAAGCAUGAAGAAAUGAAGCGAAAAGAUCAGGAGUAUGAAGUGAAGAUCCAGAAACUCCUGGAGAAGGAGAAGGCUGGUUCAAAAGGCAACAGCCGACAGGGAAGCACCAAGAGCAGCGCUGGUACAAACGCUCAAAAAGGAGUGGCAUUAGAGGACGUUAAGGUGGACAGUCGACCAUCAACUGCGCACGACGUGAAAGAGGAAGAGGUGUGAACGAAGUGUGAAAGGAAUUCGAAAGCUUGAAAGAAUUCCAAAAAGCCAACAAAAUUGAUGCGAAGAUAUUAACUUCUAUCGAAAAAAAGGGAAAAAAAGAAAACUGAAAAAAAGGUCUGAAAAAGCAACGAUAACGAGAUGAUAUGAUGAUAUAAUAAAAUGAGACUAAAAACGGAAACUAAGAAACAAACGAUGAUUUGAUAAGAUGCGACUCAGAAACCUGAAUGCAAAAAAACUCCCACUGUAACCUUUUUUUGCUAAUAAUUUGUGUGAAUAUGUUAUUUUCAAAUGAGUUUUAAAAGUUCCAAUUUCGCCGCUAUCUAAUUAUGCAUCAAACUAUUUGCUAAAAAUAAAUUUUUCAAUUGAAUAAUUACCAACGUUUGAAUAAUAACCCAUAUAAGUUUUGUACACUUUCAACCAAAAUUCCUGCUGAUUUUCUCAAAUAAAUGAAAAUUUCAUUGUCUAAUAAAACCUUGUUGAAGUUUUUAUCUGUAAUUCAAGAUUUUCUGCCA